AACUUUCUUAUCAGACCAUCAACAGCGAACGCGAUACACUUCCAUCCGGUCCACUCAAUAUACGCGAGCGCAGAGGUUAUCUGGACUUUACUUACCUCUGCGAACUUCUUCCACUCUCUUACACUCCUCUUAACUGCGACGCGUCCCGUUUCUUGUCCACGCCGAAGACAGCGUCAUCAUGACGGAGCCCGAGAACUUCGACGACGAGCUGUUCGCCGACCUAUAUAACGAUGAUGACGCGACGGGGGCCAAACCAGUGCCAGUUUCGGAGCCUGAACAGUACUCUGCUGUACAACCCGCGGAUACAGAGAGCAGGAAUGAGCGUACCCAAGAUACUGGCCAGCGCCAAGACUACGACGGAGGGUAUGACGCACAACCGAACCACGAUGAGGAUGCUGAAGAAGAAGAUGACGACGAGAUCGACUUCAAUCUCGGGAAUGGACCCUCUGCCACAAUAAAACAGGAAGAAAGGCCGAUGCAUAGUACACCGCCUGCACCCGCUGCCCCGGCAAAGGGCCCAAAUGCCAAAGAAGACGGAAAGAUGUUCAUCGGUGGACUAAACUGGGAAACCACGGACCAAUCCCUGAGAGACUACUUCUCGCAGUUCGGCGAGGUGGUAGAGUGCACGGUCAUGAGAGACGGCGCCACAGGGCGCUCGCGCGGUUUCGGCUUCCUGACGUUCAAAGACCCCAAGACAGUGAACAUUGUUAUGGUCAAGGAACACUAUCUGGACGGCAAAAUUAUCGAUCCGAAGCGAGCGAUCCCCCGCGAUGAGCAGGAGAAGACAUCUAAGAUCUUCGUCGGCGGCGUCAGCCAGGAUACCACCGACCACGAGUUCCGCGAGUACUUUGCCCAGUUCGGCCGCGUCGUCGACGCCACGCUUAUGAUGGACAAGGACACGGGCCGCCCUCGCGGCUUUGGUUUCGUGACCUUUGAGAGCGAGGCCGGCGUCGAGGCCUGUCUGUCCGCCAACUUGGAGAUCCACGGCAAGCCGAUCGAAGUUAAGAAGGCCCAGCCCCGCGGCAAUCUCCGGGACGAGGAGGAUGCGGCCCGGCGCGGCGGCAAGUUCGGGCGCAAGGGACAGGGGAUGGGCGGCGGCAUGGACGACGGCUCCGGCGGGCAGGGAGCCAUGGGCGGCAUGGGUGGCAUGGGCGGCAUGGGCGGCAGCACCGCGGGCAUGUCCCCCCAGGUCAUGGCGCAGUACAUCCAGCGCAUGCAGCAAGCCUUCGCCAUGAUGCAGCAGCAGAUGAUGAUGAACCGCAACAUGAACCCCAACAUCACCCAGAUGAUGUAUAUGCAGCAGAUGCAGCAGAUGCAGCAGAUGAUGCUGGCCGCGCAGCAGCAGGGACGCGGCGGGCCCGGCGGCAUGGGAAACAUGAACCCGGCCAUGAUGCAGCAGCAGAUGCAGCAGAUGCAGCAGAUGAUGAACCAGGCCGGCGGCGCUGGCGGUCCGGCUGCUAUGAACCAGGGCGGCAUGAGUCCUGGCGGAGGGAGCCACGGCGGUGGUGCCGGCUCCGGCGGCAGUGUGAGCGGCGGUUCGAACCGGGGCAGCUACGGCGGCGGCUACGACCAACAGCAAUUCGACCAGCAGCAGGGACAGCAGGGACAGGGUCAGGGCCGGCGCGGCGGUCGCGGACCGGGCGGUGGUGAGAUGCAGCACCAGCAGGCCUAUGGCCAGGGCGGGUUUGGCGGCGGACAGGGCGGCCCUACCAGCUGGGAGGGCAUGUACGACGACGUGCCCCAGCCCAUGAUGAACCAAGCCGGCGGUCCUGGCGGUGGCUUUGGUGGAGGGCGUGGUGGGUUCCACAAGGGCGGCGGCCGUGGCGGCGGACAGCAGAUGAUGCCUCAGGGCCCGGUAGACCCCGGAAACGCGCCGCCCCCGAACGCGCCGACAGGACCCAAGAACGCGGGCCGGCCGGGCGCCAACUAUCGCGGCGGUGGGCGUGGAGGCAACCGAGGGUUCCACCCGUAUGCGAGGAGCUAGAAGAAGCCUUGCUUCUUGUGGGUUGAGAGUGAUCGUUUGGUCUGGCCUUCCACGCACUGCUAGUCUCCUUUCUGCUGUUCCUUCGGCAUUGGCUUCGACGUUUUACGGGCUAGUCUAUUCGCAUUGGCUGUCUUAUGGUACUGUUUGGGUUUGCUUCCCAGAGGCCAAGGAUGUUGUGCAGGAAAGGUGGAUGGCAGCGGGGCUAAUCCGAGAAAGGGGGAAGAGAACAAUCGUUGGGGUUUCCUAAAGAGCAUCAGCAACACUAACGGGG